UUCCCUCCGCCGCCAGCUCUUAUUCUCUUUCUCGCACUGUUCUAUUCACCUCGCUAUCUACAAUGUAUACCAGGACCUUUCUUGCCACCGGUCGUCGCGCUUCGUGCUCUGCGGCCGUCUUCAAGUCAUUCUCCAGACAGAUGUCAGCAACCGCCCGGCUUUCUUCCGGAUCGACGAGCACCUUCGUGGUUCGACCAUAUCUUCGCGACAACCUCCCGCGACCCUUCUCAUACAGCCAGAGACGUACUAUGUUCAUACAGACUGCUACAACUCCUAACGAGCACGCCCUCAAAUUCCUCCCUUCCACCCCCAUUCUACCGGAGAACUCCCGGACAGUCGAAUUCGUCAACGGUCGCGAGGCGCACUCAUCUCCCCUUGCAAAGAAGCUCUUCACAGUCGACGGCGUGCGCUCCGUUAUGUUUGGCUUUGACUUCAUCACGAUAGAAAAAGAUGUCGACGCGUCGUGGGCUCUGCUCAAGCCUGAGGUCUUCUCUAUCUUGACCGAGUUCUUGAGCUCUGGCGCCAAAAUCAUGCUGGAGGACACGACCGCGAACGAAGACACAAUGCCUCAAGAGGGAGACUCAGAGACUGUCAGUAUGAUCAAGGAAUUGAUUGACACUCGCAUUCGCCCUGCAAUUCAGGAAGACGGCGGAGACGUUGAAUAUCGCGGAUUCACCGAAGACGGUCUGGUUCAGCUCAAGCUGCGGGGUGCAUGCCGCACAUGUGACAGCUCGGCUGUUACCUUGAAGAAUGGAAUUGAAGCUAUGCUGAUGCACUACGUCGAUGGUGUUAACGGUAUCGAGCAGGUUUUGGACCCUGAGGAAGAGAUUUCAUUACGCGAGUUUGAGAAGUUCGAGGCUAAGUUGAAGAGUCAGAAAGGUGAUCAGGUGUCGGCGUAAUUUUCUAUCAAUGUUAUAUAAUUCUCUUUUUAAAAUGAAUGACAAUACAU